AUGGCGUCCAAGGUCGCGCAGAAGAGGCUCCAGAAGGAGUACAUGUCCAUGCAGAAGAGCCCUCCUCCCUUCAUCUGGGCGGUGCCUGAGGAGAAGAACAUUCUUGACUCUUACUCCGGUCUGCGUGUGAAGCUAAUUCAUCAGCGCGGCCCUCCCGACUCUCCCUAUGCCGGCGGCGAGUACCACGGCUUGAUCUGGUUCCCUCCUGACUAUCGUGAGUUUUGGUGGUCCUUCAUUUUAACUGACGGUCCAGCUUUCAAGCCUCCUGAUGUCAAGAUGUUCACCCCGAGCGGUCGCUUCGAGCCCGGUGUUAAGAUCUGCAUGAGCAUGACCUCCUACACCUGGAACGCGGCGUGGAGUGUUGCGACUAUCCUGACGGGUCUGCUUUCCUUCAUGCUGAGCGACGAGAUCACUGCCGGCGCAGUCAAGACUACGGACGAGCAGAAGCGCCAGCUCGCUGCGCAGUCGCACGGCUUCAACCUGAACAACAGGAAAUUCCGCUACGCGACGCCCCAGAUGACGGAUCUGCCGGACAUGGGCCAGCCCGGAUCAUCGCCCUCAGAAGUGAGCAAGCCGAAACAGGCCGCGUUCUCCCCGACUCCACCCUCUCUUUCCGCCUCCUCUACCCCUACGAUACCUGACUCGACACCGGCGACUCCGGCCCUGCCUGGGGCCAACGGCGUCGCUGUUGCCCCUGCCGCUGGACCGGUUCAGCAGCAACGGCAAUGGUUCCCUAGUUGGCGAUGGCUUGUUGCCAUUGUCGUAUUAGCCGUGCUGGGCCGCCUGUCGAAGCAGAGCUAA